UGUACCACUGGUCUUCAGUAGCUCAGCUGGACUGUGAUCUCACCAUGUUUAUCCACUGUGAACUGGUCAUACUGAUACUUGCGAUGACUCUUGAUGGUCAAGUUCAUGCCAUCUAUGGAGGCCAUGAGGCUGUGCCACAUAGCAGGCCAUACAUGGUGCUGUUAGAGUGCCACACGGAACAUGGUCAUAAAGGACACUGUGGUGGCUUCCUUCUGAAUGAAGAUUUUGUGAUGACCGCAGCCAGCUGCCAAGCCAAGUCAUACACAGCCUUACUGGGAGUUCACGAUGUCCACAGAAACAAUGAAAUACAGCGUAUAUCUGUGAAAGGCAUAUUUCCACAUGAGUACUACGACACAACUGAUUACCAAAAUGACAUAAUGCUUCUUAAGUUGAGCUCCAAGGCACAGUUCAAAGAACAUGUAAGACCCAUUCGUCUCGCAGGUGGAGAUGACGGCUCACUGCCAAAAUCAUGUAAAGUCUCUGGCUGGGGAACAAGCUACAGAAACAAUUAUCACAUGUCUCCUGUGCUCAUGGAAGCCAAUGUAACACUCACUGAAAAUGAGCAGUGUGCUAAGGAAAACUUUUACUGCUCUGAGGGAAAGACUGGACCAGGUGACGGAGACGGUGGUGUUCCACUGGUCUGCGAAGAUGGAAAAGCGUACGGGGUGAUGUCCAGCUCAGGCAAAUCAAACUUAGAUGGAGCAGAUAUCGAUCGUUACACCAGGAUCCCUGAUUAUAGAAAGUGGAUCAAUUUGAUUAUGGGACAUUGUGGAAAGCUCUAGUGUUUCGUAAUAUUAUCAUAACAUUUGAAUUUACAUUGGUCCACUUUGUUACUUUAGAGCUGAUGAUUGAGGUGAUCGUAUCACAUCUGAUUCCACAUCAGAGAGACUGCCAGACCAACAAGUCUGGACUCGCUUGCUUUGCUUUGAUCAAAACAUGCUUUACUUUGAUGAUUUCAAAUGAUGCAAAUUUUUGCUUGGAAAUCUGAGUCAGAAGACUGAAAAUAGUGUACGCUGCUGUAAUUACUGCUUUGUAAAUCUUCAUUUAGACCAUAUCAAAUGACAACACAGACUCAUGUAAAUCAGUUUUUUUCCAUCUUCUGAAACAAACUGUUGCUCUCUUACUGUGUUAUCUCAAUGCCUCUGUACACUUCUCUGUUUUAACAUGAAUUAAAUCAAUAA